AUGCCGGAAAUCUUCUGCUCCACUUGCGACAGAUCAGCUCCUCGCCCCGUCCUCGUCUGCCUCGAAUGUCCCGAGACUCUGACAUACUAUUGUGAUGAAAGAUGUCGAGACAAAGACCUCCAAUCACACAAGCUCGUCUGCCACAAUCCCAUUCGCACAGCGAUCUACCGCGCCGGCGACCUCCUGCUAGCAAUUUUCUACACGUUCCGAGAAGCGGCCUUCGAGGAUCUGGAGAAGGAUGGCGAUGUUCUGCAUGUCUCUUUAGCGGAGUCGAGUCAUCAAGCACUAUUGCAUCGCUUUCCGAACCACCUCGUACGACUCCGAAGCGACAAGGAGAAAUUGCUGGCCCUGGCUUCCUGCACAGCUAGUAUCGCGUGCACGUACGAGUUGAGCAAACAUUUGUUAAAAGAUACAACCACCACCAUCGAAGAAAGCCUCUUCCGCGACCUCUCCAGCCCCACUAGCACCAUCCGCCACCAGCCCGACAGCACCGCCGACGAAACAGAUUACAUGCACAGCACACUCAGCGUCGAAGCCCGCGACGGCGAGGCGUACGCCGUGCUUCCCCCUUCGACGUGUACGCCCGUCGCGAAGGCCGGGAUCUGUGCAAGCUGCGCGCGCAUGGGUAUCAUGCAUUUCGCUGUUAAGGGGUCGCUGAGGGCAGGCAUCGGCUGA